AUGGAAGGGUGGAAAGUCACGCGAUACCGGAGUGACCAUAAGCCUCUCUACAAUGGCACAAGCAGCAGCCGCAAUGGAGUAGGUGUAGCCGUCUCAGAAAGCCCAAGAAACAAGAUUGCGGCAGUUGACCAAUUAAGUGAUCGACUUAUGAGCAUAAAGAUUGACAUUGGUAGAAAAAUCCUUCGAAUUGCCACCGCCUACGCUCCUCAAACAGGAUGCAAGGAGGGAGAAAAGGAUAUGUUCUGGCAGUACCUUGACGAUUACAUCACAUCCAUCCCACAGGAUGAGAUACUCCUGCUCGGAGCAGACCUAAACGGUCAUGUGGGGGAGAAAAGAAUU